CUAUGUCGGACCUUUUAUGUGUUAACCAGACGGAGGUUCAACGAUUCGGAAGAACUUCAUAUAACAUUCCUUUUACUAACCGAGAUCACUACUGAUAACAACAACCGGCACUGGUAUACUCUAAUUGCAGUCCUCCAUGGAUUACUCCAAAUCAGUAAUCCCUUCUCACCUCCUCGCCGACCGUGGCUCUAAUCUAGUUGUCAUCAAUCCAGGGUCUGGAAAUGUACGAAUUGGAUUAGCUCAACAGGAUGCCCCAUUCAGUAUUCCUCAUUGCAUCGCUCGUCGUACUACAGAAUCUAAUCAAUCACCCAGAAGAAACGUGCAAGAUCAGAUGCUUAAUUCUCAAGUUACAACAUCCCAACAUGCAGAUAGGGAGAAAGCCUAUGACAUUAUAGCAUCCUUGUUAAAGAUACCAUUUCUUGAUGAAGAAGUAGUAAACAACUCUUACUCACGAAAGACGGGUCGAGUUGAUGUAUUAUCUCAACAAAACAGUAAGAAAGAGAGUGCCUUGACAUGGACUGAUGUAUCCCAGCAAAUUACCGAUUUGCCCUUGCCAGAAAGUUCAUUAGAGAAGAAUGAGCUUCUAGAAGGUGAGAAGCAGCAGCCACAAUCAAGUGAGUGCAGGUACAGGGAGUUUGUGUGUGGUGAAGAAGCUAUGAGAAUAUCUCCUACUGAGCCUUAUUGCUUAAGGCGUCCUAUACGUAGAGGACAUUUUAAUAUUUCUCAACAUUACUCCAUGCAACAGGUAGUUGAAGACAUAGAAGCUAUUUGGGAUUGGAUGUUGAUUGAAAAACUACAUAUUCCUCAAAGUGAAAGAAACAUGUAUUGUGCUCUUAUUGUAGUACCUGAAACAUUUGACAAUCGAGAAAUCAAGGAAAUAUUAUCUAUUGUAUUACGAGACUUGCGAUUCAGCUCAGCUGUAGUCCACCAGGAAGGUCUUGCUGCAGUGUUUGGAAACGGAUUAUCAACAGCAUGUGUUGUGAAUAUUGGUGCUCAGGUCACAUCAGUUAUUUGUGUUGAGGAUGGAGUUGCUCUCCCUCAUACACAGAUCACAUUACGUUUUGGUGGAGAGGAUGUAUCAAGAUGUCUUUUGUGGACUCAGAGGCACCAUCAAACAUGGCCACCAGUUCGCACAGAUCCUCUUACAAAGCCAAUAGAUUUAUUGAUGCUGAACAGACUCAAAGAAUCUUAUUGCCAAAUAUAUGAGGGUGAGGUUGAAGCUGUUGGGGUGGUUCAUUCAUAUGAAGACGGCUUGCCACCUGGAUCUCAUAAAACAAGGCUCACCGCUCUUAAUGUGGCACCAAUGGGACUUUUCUAUCCAACACUUUUGGUUCCAGAUGUUUAUCCACCUCCACCUCGUUCAUGGUUUAAAGAUUAUGAGGAUAUGUUAGAGGACACGUGGCAUAUCUCAGAUGGAUCAUAUCCAGAAGCAAUUUCAAAGAGUAUUCUUUCAACAGGGCGUAUAGAUCUUCAAAGAAAGUUGUUUUGUAGCAUGCAAUUAAUUGGUGGAGUGGCUUUGACAACUGGUCUUAUUUCUGCUGUAGAGGAGAGAGUUUUACAUGCGAUUCCCUCAAAUGAAGCAAUUGAUACUGUUGAGGUCCUACAAUCAAGAACCAAUCCGUCCUUUGUUGCAUGGCGAGGCGGAGCUAUAUUGGGCGUGAUUGAUUUUGUUCGAGAUGCUUGGAUACAUCGAGAAGAUUGGAUUCAAAAUGGGAUUCAUAUUGGAGGAGUUAGAAAAUACAAAGAUUCUUAUUAUCUACAAGCGCAACCAAUGUGUUACAUUAAUUCCUAGAAUUUGAAACGUGUUUGUGUUUGUGUUAGGUUUAUGUUAUUACUUAUUAACCUCUUCAUUUUAUUAUAUACUAAUUUCAUAUUACAAUGAGG